AGGUACGUCGUCGCGGCGCCAUGAGCUGCCUAGGGCUGGAUCUUGGCAACGAGCACAGCCGCAUUGCGAUCGCGCGGCAGGGCGGCGUCGAUGUCUUUCUCGACGAGGAAUCCAGCCGCGAGACGCCCUCUGUCAUCUCCUUCACGCAGCGCGAUCGCUGCAUUGGCGCAUCCGGCGCGGCGUCGGCGCUGGGGAAUCUCAAGAACACGGUGUGGCAGAUCAAGAGGAUUAUCGGCAGGAAAUUUCGGGAUCCGGAGCUCCAGAGCGACCUCAAGCUCAUGCCGUGCCUUGUCACCGAGGGAAGAGGGGGAUGGCCGGCGAUCCACGUCUCCUAUCUCGGCGAGCACAGGAUCUUCGGGGCCACGGAGCUGCUUGGGAUGGUUCUAGCGCACUUGAAGUCGAUCGCAGCCAAGAACAUGAUGGGAGUAGCUCCAGGGGAGUGCGUGAUAGGAACUCCAGCUUUCAUGGACGACGUCCAGAGGCGAGCUUACGUCGAUGCUGCUGCGAUUGCGGGUCUCCGGCCUCUCAAGCUCAUCCACGAGACGACUGCCGCCGCGAUAUCUUAUGGCCUCUAUCGGACGGAUCUUCUUCACGAGACUCGGGAAAUCUUCGUGGCUUUUGUGGACGUCGGGCAUGCGCACACCCAGGUGGCGGUCGUGGCUCUCCGGAGAGGUGUGCUGCGAGUUCUAUCCUACGCGUUUGAUCGGUGUCUCGGGGGCCGGGACUUUGACGAGGUGCUGUUCAGCCACUUUGCUGCGAAGUUCUCCGCCACCUACAGGAUCGACGUCCUGUCCAACUCGCGGGCUUGCCAGAGAUUGAGAAGAGCGUGCGAGAAGCUGAAGAAGAUCCUUAGUGCCAAUGCCGAGGCUCCCAUCAGCAUCGAGUGUCUCAUGGACGAGAAGGACGUCAAAGGCUUUAUUACGAGAGAAGAGUUUGAGAAGCUGUGUGCCCCGCUGCUACAGAGGAUCAGGCAUGCUUGUGAAAGAGCUUUAACGGAUUCGGAACUGGCUGUGGACGAUAUCUCCGCUGUGGAAGUGAUCGGUUCUGGUUCCAGAGUUCCUGCGAUCGCUAGAGUUCUCGCUGCCGCUUUUAGGAGGGAGCCUAGCAGGACUUUAAAUGCGAGCGAAAGCAUUGCUCGCGGCUGUGCUCUCCAAGGUGCGAUGUUCAGUCCAACUUUUCGAGUUAAGAAGCUCGAGGUCCAUGACUAUUUCCUGUUCCCUGUAGCGUUCUCGUGGGCUGGACCCGCAGCGUUUGAGUAUGGUCUUGACGAUCCCACGACUCCUUCAGCAUCCAUCGUUCCACAGAUUCUUCCAAACAGCAUUGUUUUUCGGCGAGGGGUGUCGUUUCCUACGUCCAAACAGCUCACUUUCUGGGUAACUAAUCCGAUAUUCGAGAUUCGAGUGUUAUAUGGAGAUUUGACUGAACUUUCGGCAAGCGCUUCGAACCCUUUUGCAACAUUUACUGUGGGACCUUUGAGCUGCAGGAAACCAGAAUCUUCGCGUCUAAGGCUUUCAAUUCACCUGAAUCAGCAUGGAAUACUCAUGUUGUCAUCAGCCACUCUUAUGGAAGAUGAAGAACUGGAAUCAGGCAUGCAGCAGGGACAAAGUAGGAUGAGAAGAUUGAGACACACUGAUGUGCCAAUCGUGGAAAUGACAACGAAGGAGCUGUCCUCAUUGGAGCUGCAAAAUGCCAUCGAGAAAGAGUUUGAGAUGGAAUUCCAGGAUCGAGUGUCCGAAGAAACGAAAGAGGCGAAGAAUGCAUUGGAAGCUCUAGUGUAUGACAUGCGAAACAAGUUUUAUGGAAAAUUACAAGAAUAUGCAAGUGAAACGGAGAAGAAAGAUUUACUGAAGAAACUCCAAGAUACCGAAACAUGGUUGUACGAAGGAGGAGACAAUGAGACUAAAACUGUCUAUGCUGCAAAGCUAGCGGACCUUAAAAUGCUCGUGAAGUCACUCGAAGAACGGGUGGCCGAGGAGCAUGCUCGUGAUGCUGCAAUGUCAGACAUGCAAAGGCACAUCGAGAAUGUGCGAAAUGCUGCUAUUGCCAGGGGUGCUCAUCUUGAUCAGUUUCGUAUUGAAAGGGUCUUUUCGGAAUGCGAUCAAGCGGAGUUAUGGCUUAGGGAAGCGAAACACAGCCAGGCGAUCCUGCCAAAAUAUGCGAAGCCGGCUGUAUGGGCCUCUGACAUUAAGCACAAAGCAGAACUUUUGGACAGAUACUGUAAGUCGCUUAUUGGAUGAAUCAUCCGAUCGACAACUUCACCAGUGGUCUUUACAGGAGCAUUGUCCAUGCUCAAAGUGAUGCAUGGCACUCGGAGCAGAUCCGUAAGUUCUUGACGAUUUGAAGCGGGGUGCCAGGAUCAGUUGUCAACAAACCAAAAGCUAAAGCAACUCUUUCGCUGUGAUAGCCGAGAUGCUCCACAUUUUCUUCCAUCGUCUCAACAUCCCUCAGCACCUCGUUCAUAUCAGUUUGUGGGUGCAGCUUGCCGGUCGUGCCAAACUCGUGCAACCUAUUCUUAAUCUCGAUAUAACUUUGUCCUGGGAGCUUCUUCCAACCUCUCUCUUGCAUCGCUCGUCGAAUUCUCCGGACGUCAUCCCACCUCCCAACUCGGCCAUAGAUACUGGAGAGGAGCACAAACGCAGCGGUAUUCGCCGGAUCCAAUUCCAGAACGCGAUCGGCAACGAGCUCGGCUCUCUCCACGCGGCCGUGCAUCUUGUAACAACCGAGUAGCGUCACCCAGAUAACACUCGUCGGCUGGAAAGGCAUCUCGUCCACCACCUCCUCGGCUUGAGUGACCCAUCCAGCCCGGCCGAGAACGUCAAUCAAGCGCACGAAGUGGUCGACCUCGUGGGAAAUGCCGUGAUCCAUCGUCAUUGACACGAAGUAACUCCUGGCCAGUUCCACAAGUCCGGUGUGGCUGCAAGCGUGCAAGAUACUGUUAAAGGGCGUCGUUGCUAUGCCCGUGCUGGGCAUAUCCGGCGAGCAGCGUGUUCCAGCAUACGAGAUCUUUCUUUUUGACUGUGUCGAAUGCGAUCCUGGCUUCGUGCAUUCUCCCGCA